AUGGAAGAAUUUGCUGCGAAAUCCCUUUUAGGGAAGUUAGGCUCUUCUGCAAUUAAAGAACUUUAUCUGGCAUGGGGACUUAAAGCUGAACUUGCAAGUCUUGAAGAGAAAUUGUUAGCCAUCAAUGCAGUUUUGAUGGAUGCCGAGAAGAAACAGUCCCGGAAUGAGAAGAUUCGGUUCUGGCUUCAGAUGCUCCGAGAAUUCAUGUAUGAUGCAGAGGACGCACUGGAUGGAUUUGAGUGUGAAGAUUUGAGAAGGCAAGUGGUGAAAACUACAGGGAGCACUAGCAGAAAGCUAAGCCGCUUCUUUUCAAGUUCUAACAAGCUUGCAUUGCGUUUUAAAAUGGGUCAUAAAAUAAAGGACCUCAACGACAGGCUAGCCGAGAUUGAAUCUCUGAAGUCUCUGCUUGGCCUCACCGAGCAGACUAACAGAGACAAGGAAUGCACCAUCAACCUCUUAGUAGAACCUUUAAAGGUUGAUGACGCUCAUCCCUUUGUCAUUCCAAUAGUCGGAAUGGCUGGUUUGGGGAAGACUGCUCUUGCCAAAUCGGUGUAUGACGAUGGAAGUGUGGAUGCCUUUUUUGAGCUGAAGAUGCAGGCAUGUGUUUCAGAUGGAUUUGCUCUCAAACAAGUGAUGCAAAAGAUGAUCAACUCUGCAACUGGGGAAAGAUGUAACGACUUGGAAGAGGUUGAACUAAAAGCAAAACUAGAAAUGCCUAUAUUAUCAAAAGGUGCACUUGGAAGUAAGAUCAUAGUAACCACCAGAAGUAAACGUGUAGCACAGAUUAUGGGUUCUGCUGGUGCACAAGAGUUAAGUCUUCUUGAUCAAAAGGAUUGUCUGACUUUGUUUUACAAGUGUGCAUUUAAGGAAAGGCAGAAGGAGCAACAUCCAAAUUUGGUAGAAAUUGGGAAAGAAAUAGUGGGAAAAUGCAAGCAAAUUCCUCUGGCAUUUUGGAUGGCACAAGGACUGGUUCAUCAAUCAACACAUCCAAGUGAAAACUUGGAAGAUGUUGGGAUUCGCUAUGUGCCUCUUCCUAAGUUCCCAAAUAAGAUAGAGCGUGUGAGAACGCUUGUUUUUGUAGCCAGUCUAGAGGAACCUAGUUGCAGAACAGACUUCGAGAAAUGUUUGUCAGGAUUUAAGCAUUUGCGGUCGCUGGAACUAAUGGAUGUCUGUGAAUUUCUGCCGGAUAAGAUUGGCUCCCUGAAAGAGUUGAGAUAUCUGAAUUUAGUUGAGAAUACAAAGCUGAAAAGAUUCCCAAAAUCUAUUUUCAAGUUACAAAAUUUGCAGGCUCUGAUUCUAGGUGAUGGAUUCGUAGAGCUGCCAAAAGAUGUGAGGUGCUUGAUCAGCCUUAGAUUGUUAUUUCUAAUCACCAAGCAGAAGCGGUUGCCAGAAGGUGGAGUUGGGUGCUUGGGGAGUCUUCAAAUUUUAUUGAUUGCUGGCUGUGAAAAUCCUGAAUAUUUGUGUGAAGAUAUGCAAGGUCUUAAAAGUCUUCGGAAAUUGUGCAUUGGAGGGUGUAAAAACUUGAUCUCUUUGCCACGAAGUAUGAAAUACCUAACUGCACUUGAGUAUUUGAGUAUUAUGUUUCUUCAAGGAUCUGCAGGCUCCUUACAAACAUUUGCAAUCGAAGACUGUCCAAACAUCAUAGAAUUGCCAGAGUGCACCGGCAAUCUGAAGGAACUUCAAAAGCUUGUGAUCAGGAUGUGUCCAAGUCUGGGCGAAAGGUGCCAAAGGGAAACAGGAGAAGAUUGGCCCAAGAUUGCUCAUGUCCCUCAUAUUGAUGUUGACUAUAUCUUCUACAACAGUGAGCUCCUUGCGGUCAUUGGCUUGAAGCUGGAUGUUUCUGUCUUGUUUAGAUCCUCGAGCCUUGAUUUUCUUAGCUGCCUGUUUGUGGCUGGUUAUCUGGUUACUUUCUUGCAGCUAUUGUGCUAA